AUGUCAACCAAAAGCACCCAGUCAGGAUGGGGUGACUAUCUAGCUGCUAGAAACGCCGGACUACCGUGUCUCCCGGCGGUUACGCAACUCAGCCCAGAGGUUGUGCGAAUCAUGGGCGGAAACCCGGGCGACAUGCAACUACAAGGGACCAACACAUAUCUGGUUGGUAAAGGCCGGGACAGAAUCUUAGUAGAUACGGGUGAGGGCUGUCCGAUAUGGCUCAAAACCCUGGUCGAAUAUCUUGACAAGAACCAGCUGAAGAUAUCCCAUGUUCUGCUGACGCACUGGCAUCCCGAUCAUGUCGGCGGUGUUCCGGCGUUACUCGCUGAGUACCCUGAGCUUACCACGGCUGUCUACAAGGCAAACCCUGAUCAGGGCCAGAACCCAAUCCACGAUGGUCAGACAUUCGUGACUGAAGGAGCCACGCUGCAAGCUUUAUUCACACCUGGGCAUAGCAAAGACCACAUGUGUUUUGUCAUGGAGGAGAACGGAGCCAUGUUCACAGGUGAUAAUGUCCUGGGUCAUGGAACCAGCGUGGCUUUGGAAGACCUAAAAAGAUACAUGGAAAGUCUACGGAUUAUGAGACAUGAUAUGCGCGCCGGGGGCCUUAAGAUUGGAUAUCCUGGACACGGCGCUAUGAUUGAAGAUUUGUCAGCAAGUCUCAUGGUUUACACCAGACACUGGGAGAUGAGGGAGAAAAGAGUUCUCGCUGCAUUUGCCGAGAGCAACGGCAUGGCAAUGUUGACGACGCGAGAGGUCACAGCGAGUAUCUACGGGUCAGGGAUGGACGCUUUGGCCGGGCCAUCCGUAAUGCAUGUUUUAUUGAAACUACACGAAGAAGGAACGAUUGACUUCACUGUGGUUGGGCAAGAGAAGAAGUGGUUUAUGUAG